AUGGAACCUGUCGAAACGUACGAGUUGAUGACGGUCACGUAUGGCUUAGCUCCAUCCUCGUUUCUUACUACGCGCACCCUCAAGCAAUUGGCUGCCGAUGAAGGCAACGCAUACCCGCUUGGAAAGGCAGCUCUUCAAAAGAGCUUCUACGCGGACGAUUUCAUUGACGGUGCCGAAUCAGUCGCUGAAGCUAUCCAAUUAAGGACGGAAUUGAGUAAGCUGUUAGCCAAGGGUGGCUUUCCGCUACGGAAGUGGACCUGCAGUCAAUUUCCGCCGAAGGCCCCACACUUCGGCAGUUUGUGGGAGGCGGCGGUGAAGGUGGCUAAACGACAGCUCUACCGACAACUUGGGAAUUCUGAAUUGUCAUUUGAGGACCUGGCUACUAUACUGGCGCAAAUAGAGGCGAGUAUGAACUCGCGACCCAUCGUUCCGCUUAGUGAAGAUCCGAACGACAUUUCUGCGCUUACCCCGGCAUACUUCCUCAUCGGAAGUACCAUGUAUUCACUCCCUGAAGAAGAUUUGCACCUUACAUCAACAAGCCGUCUCGAUCAUUAUCAGCGUAUGCAAAAGGUUUACCAACAGCUUUGGCACCAUUGGCGGGCCGAAUAUCUGCAGGAGUUGCAGCGUGAUAACAAAACCUGUCAACCCAACAGAUGCGUUCAACCAGGCAGGUUGGUACUGCUAACUGAUGAGCUCCAGAUUCCAGUGAAGUGGCCGCUUGCACGUAUAGUCGCCAUCAUUCCGGUAAGGACGAUUUAG